UACAUUACAUCAAUUAUCCGUGAAAAUGGCUGCCAAGUUGGAACUUCAGAGAGUACAAAUUUUGUGCUCUUGCAGUGCACGCUCUUCCAUCACGCAACUUUAUUUUUGCAAACACUGCUUGAAAUUAAGAUGCGGAAAAUGUGUUUCCCAUGAGGUGGAUUCCCACUACUGCCCAAACUGUCUUGAGAACAUGCCAUCGGCCGAGGCCAAGGCCAAGAAGAACCGCUGCGGGAACUGUCUGGACUGCCCCUGCUGCCAGCACACCCUGUCCCAUCGGGCCACCAGCGUGGCCGUUCCAGACCCCAGAGAUCCCACCAAGACCACCACCAAGAAGGCCUAUUACCUGGCCUGUGGACUCUGCAGGUGGAGCUCCAGGGAUGCUGGGAUGCCGGAUAAAGAUUCUGCAAGCGGACCUUGGUUGGAGCCUGAGAACACUGGAGCGAGAAGGAUUAAUGAUUUGUCAGACUACUACCACCAGCUGGCCAAGCAGGAGAAGAUGGAGAGGGAGCAUAAGAAGUUCACCAGGAGACGAGCCUACUUCAGGCUCCAGGAGAAGUACCUGUCACCUGGAGCCGGCAGGAGGAGGAGCAGUGCGCUCCUCUCAUCUUUCACUGGAUUGGCACUGAAAAACGAGCAAGCAGACAUCAUUCCUGUAGAACCUUCCGUGGCAUCCGAAGAAGUAGAUGCUCUUCCAAACAAGAUACUCACGCAGCCGGUUGUGUUGGAGAAGAUUUGCACAAUCAAACAGCGACUAAAUCACCCAGACCAUAACUGUGUAGCCGUAGAACAGAUGUAUCCGAGGCAUAAGCAUCUGCUCAUCAAACGUUCCCAGAGAUGUAGGGAAUGCGAACAUAACCUGAGCAAACCGGAGUUUAACCCAUCUUCGAUCAAAUUUAAGAUACAGCUAGUUGCCAUCCAACACAUCCCUGAUGUGCGUAUCUUCCUGGUACCCAACCUGCACUACGGCAAGGAGAGUAUCGUCACCCUGAUGGUCAGUAACCCUCACGAGAAGAAAAUGGCCGUCCGGUUUGAAGGUUUGAAUCCAAAGGACUGCGACGAGACACAGGCUACUGCCCAGGUCAUCCCUCCUGAAGAUGAGCUAGUGCUUGGACCCAAGGACCCAACAGCUGAAUUUGAUGACAAUAUGGCUGAUAUUCAAAAUGAUAAUUUUAAUGACAACUCUGAAUACGUGCAAUUUCGCAAAGCCCACAAGCUUGGUGUGCUCUUCAAGGUCGUUCCACAAAGAGCAACAGGCAAUGUGGUGAUUGUGUUUGAUCUGAAGUACCUGUACAAGAACACUGCCCCAGCGCUCAACAGCUCCCAGGAUGAGUCCAGCUAUCCUUCGGCCAUCUGGCUAGAACACGAGGUCACCAUCGAUCUCGGUCCUCUGGUCAGCGAAUAGAAGAAUGAGAGUCCAGUGGGUCAUUGCAAGAAACUUGUGAUCAACAGCGAAUCAAUCGCACAUCCUAAAGUCAAGCGCAAGUCCUUUGAUUACAGUAAAAAUAUUGUGUUCAAUUACAUCUCAACUUUCACGGAAUGCCCCAUUACAUCUGCUUGGCAAUUGAAUGUUGAGUUUUCUUGUGAUGCCACAUAGGGGGGCUUCAAGUAGAUAAGUGCUACGAAUCGCUUUAAUAUUCCAAUUUUGUGUAGUAUUCAAUGCCUUCCCCCAUUGCUUGGAUAAUACAAGAAUAGCGUUCAUAAGUUCCCAGGUUCGGACAAGCUAUUCUUCGGCUUUCUGGCUGGAACACAAGUUGCCAAUGAGGUUACCUGUGGCACCAGUAAGGAUGACCACUCGAAAUCUUUUGACUGUUACUGGAUGCAUUAAAUAAAGCUUUCAUUGUAUAUUGUGCUGUAAAAUAAAGGCAUCACAUCUUGCCAGUUAUAUAUAUGAUAGGUAUGUGACAAAUGUGAUAGUAAAAAUGUAUAUAAUAUAACUACAUGUAUCUAUAUAUUUAUUUUUCUGUGCUGGCAACUUAACUAUACCCAUACUUAUAGCUGCAUGUGCAACAGUGUUCUUUCAAUGACCUUUACAAAGCUUGUAUAUAAAGCAAGGGACAUUGCAAUGCAAGAAUAUUGCAAUCGAUUUCAUGCCACUUUUAGUUCUCACAAUCAGUUACAAACUCGCAAUUCAUUAAUAUGCAAGUUAAGAAUAUUAGGUCUAAGGAUCAAAUACCAUAGUUUAAUUGAUAUGAAUGUAUUUAUGAAAUAUGAAAAAAUUAGUAUAAUUUAGAUUAAUCUAUUAAUCAUAACAAUUUGCAAUGAUUUUUGCAAGUAUGUAAAUUUCUUGCAACAUCUGCAUAUGUGUUUAGAGUGUCGCUCAAGUUUUAUGCUUUACACACAAAUUCUCUUACAAUGAACCUGCUGUGUGUAGUUUGAAAACUCACAACAUGGCUUCUGUGUUAGAACAGUUUGAAUUGUGUUCAGUAAUUCAUAAACUAUCAAAAUACUUAUCAUUUAUGUUGCAGUCACAUUAACCCCAUGGCGGCCAUGCGGCAAGUGGAAAACAUUUGUUUUAUCCAGUUUUAUCCAAACCGCCUAUAUGUAGCCUGUACAAAAAAAUGUUGAAAUAGCUGUUUUCGACUCGCCGUACGACCGCCGUAGGGGAAAUUUGACUGCGCCAUUAUUGUUCAUGUGGAAUCAGUUAUUUUGGACUUUUCCCUCGGCAUUGCAGAAUGAAAUUACAUGAUUACCAACAUUUGUUGUAUGCAGUGAUUGCUUUUGAGCAAUUACUGAACAGCUGUAUACCCAAAGUUGAAGGUUUCUCAAAGAAGAGUAUAAUGUCUAUGUCUCUUUACUGUGAUUUGCAGUUUAUCAUAAUGUGCUAAAAGCCUAAAGUGUUGUACAUGUAAGUGUUUGUUUUUUGCAAAGGAUAUAAUGAGGGUGAUUUAUGGGCUAUGUGUUUGGAGACUGAGUUAUAAUGAUAUGAUGUUUUCUUUCUUCUGAGUUUUUUUUGUUUAGAAAUAAUGACAUCGUUUUGUCAUGAUUUUGUGAAUCUAUGAUAUAUUAUUCACAAAUGAAUAAUUGACAUGCAUUAUGAUUUGAAGCUGUUUGUUUUUUAGGGAGAAUAUUUUGAAAACCUAUCCAUUAUUGCAUAUUGCCAAUGCAAAACGAUUUUUUUUAAAGAAAGAAAAAAGAAAAUGUAUAAUUUUAUUUCAUUUCCUUGGUUUGCUAAAUAUGAGAAACUUAUAGUUGUCAAUUCAAAAAGGUAGUUUCAAUAUAAUUGUACCAUGGUACCAAAGCCAUUUAUUAUAAGUGUAUUUCAUCAUGUACACUACAUUAAGUCUAAUUAUAAAUGUGUGCUUUUGGCAAAGGAUGCUAAAUUCAUACUUCAUUGAAGCGUGAUGAUACAAGAAAUCUGCAUAAUCCACGGUGCAAUUGAAACCACCUAUGUGAAUUUGGGCUACUUUUCGUUUAUUCAUAUUCGUGCAAAAUCAUUAUUAUAUUAUGUACACAUAUUUCCAUUCCAGAGAAUAUGGUUUGUUCGGAUAGAAGAAAUUGUUUAGUGUAUUAAUGCAUGUGAAAACAUCUUGUCCUUUAUGUAAGAAAUAAUAAAAAGUAAAGCAGUAAAUAUGGA